UCACAGUACAUUGCAAUUUGUGAGGGAUACAGAGGAUAGAAAUAGGAUACAUUGGAUACACUUAAAGAUAUGGUUGGCACUUUACCUUGAAAUGAAAAAAAAAAAAAAAAAAGAAAAAAAAACAAAAAACAAGUUUAGAUGUGAUCAUCUCCAAACUGGCUGCUUCAGGAGAGAGCCAGCUGGUUAACUGGGUUACAUAAUUCGAGUAUGGGUUUGGGGUGGGUAUGUUCAUAGGGGCCUAAUACCUCUUUCCAGCUUCUCUUUGUCCUGGAAUUCCAAAACCUGUGAUGUUAUUGCUGGAACUUUGAUUCAGCAGUUGCUAAACACCUACUCUUGUUUUUCUGGCACUAGGCUUGGGCCUUGGGUUUACACAGUUCCAAGAGUCUGGGUGCUCAGUCUGAUAGUGGGAGACAAGUGUACACAAAUAAUUACCAUAUAGUGUUGUUCAUAAACAGAAUGUCCAAGGUUCAGAAGGUCCUGAAACAACAUUUAGUCUGAUUUCCCCCAUUUUCUACUAGAUGCAGCUGAGGCCCAGAGAGGGAGAGACUGGUUUAAGUAAUGCCAAAAGAACUAGAACCUCAGAACCCGAGUUUUCUGUUGACUGAUCCUUAAUAAUUUUACUCUACCACCCUAAAAUAUGAUCACCAUCCUUGUGGGAAACAUCUAAUUUGUAUCUGCUUUAAAAAGCCCACCCCUUCCAUGUUGUCCCCUUGACUGUCCUCUCUCCUUAACUCUGAUACCACUUUACUAUUUUUUCCUUGUAUGGACUGUGCUUUUGUGGAAAUUUUUAUUUUCUCUCUUGUAUCGUGAUUAUCAGGACAGGAGCCAAGCCGACUUCAAUCUUUGUUCUUAUUUCCCCUCCCCAAGCGACGUCUGAACAACUGUCAGUCACACUUGAAGCCUCGGACAAGUUGGAUUCGAACCUGUUUGCUUGCUCCAUUGAGCGACCCCUUUGUGUACUGCAAUAAAAAUUCCUACUUUUCGGGCCACGUGAAUGCAUUUAUGCUGUAAGAACUACCUGAGGUUAGUUACUGUUUGAUUGCGGAGUUUUGUAGGUAGGAGGCACAGAACAGUAGCAACAAUUUACGAAGAGAUGAUUUAUACGAAUUGGAACAGGGCCCUGCUGUCCGCAGGGCGGCGGGGGGGCGGGCUGGGGCGGGGCUGCGCAGUGGUGCUGCGCGCCCAGCUCUGUUGCCGGAACUAGUCCGAGUCGUGCGCCGGGCCGCGCGCAGCCCCGCCCCGCCCCUUUCCCCCGUGGGGUGGAAACAAAGGGGGCUCGGCGCGCGGUGCGGAGCCUAGGAGAAAGGGGAGGAGAGCUCCGGCGGUCUGGCGCGCUGGGCUCUCUAGAUAUCUCCCGGGGCCAAUUCAGCAUCUCUACCUGGCCAUCCUAACAAGAGUGAAGAUAGUCCAAGUCCCAAGAGACAGCGCCUUUCUCAUUCAGUCUUUGAUUAUACAUCAGCAUCACCAGCUCCCUCACCACCAAUGCGACCAUGGGAGAUGACAUCAAAUAGGCAGCCCCCUUCAGUUCGACCAAGCCAACAUCACUUCUCAGGGGAACGAUGCAACACACCUGCACGCAACAGAAGAAGUCCUCCUGUCAGGCGCCAGAGAGGAAGAAGGGAUCGUCUGUCUCGACAUAAUUCCAUUAGUCAAGAUGAAAACUAUCACCAUCUCCCUUAUGCACAGCAGCAAGCAAUAGAGGAGCCUCGAGCCUUCCACCCUCCGAAUGUAUCUCCCCGUCUGUUACAUCCUGCUGCUCAUCCACCCCAGCAGAAUGCAGUCAUGGUUGACAUACAUGAUCAGCUCCAUCAAGGAACAGUCCCUGUUUCUUACACAGUAACAACAGUGGCACCACAUGGGAUUCCACUCUGCACAGGCCAGCACAUCCCUGCUUGUAGUACACAGCAGGUCCCAGGAUGCUCUGUGGUUUUCAGCGGACAGCACCUCCCUGUCUGUAGUGUGCCUCCUCCAAUGCUUCAGGCAUGUUCAGUUCAGCACUUACCAGUACCAUAUGCUGCAUUCCCACCCCUUAUUUCUAGUGAUCCAUUUCUUAUACAUCCUCCUCACCUUUCUCCCCAUCAUCCUCCUCAUUUGCCACCACCAGGCCAGUUUGUCCCUUUCCAAACACAGCAAUCACGAUCGCCUCUGCAAAGGAUAGAAAAUGAAGUGGAACUCUUAGGAGAACAUCUUCCAGUAGGAGGUUUUACUUACCCUCCAUCAGCCCACCCCCCAACAUUACCUCCAUCAGCUCCUUUGCAGUUCUUAACACAUGAUCCUUUGCAUCAGGAGGUGUCCUUUGGAGUACCUUAUCCUCCAUUUAUGCCUCGGAGGCUCACAGGACGUAGUAGAUACCGAUCCCAGCAGCCAAUACCACCUCCCCCUUAUCAUCCAAGCUUACUGCCAUAUGUGUUAUCAAUGCUUCCAGUGCCACCUGCAGUGGGCCCAACUUUCAGCUUUGAAUUAGAUGUAGAAGAUGGAGAAGUAGAAAAUUACGAGGCCCUGUUAAACCUGGCAGAGCGACUGGGAGAGGCAAAGCCUCGUGGACUGACUAAAGCAGAUAUUGAACAACUUCCUUCUUAUCGGUUCAAUCCUAACAACCACCAGUCAGAACAGACUUUGUGUGUAGUAUGCAUGUGUGAUUUUGAGUCAAGGCAGCUACUUAGAGUCUUACCCUGUAACCACGAGUUCCAUGCCAAGUGUGUUGACAAAUGGCUUAAGGCAAAUCGUACUUGCCCAAUUUGCCGAGCUGAUGCUUCAGAAGUGCAUCGGGAUUCAGAAUGACCAACCUAAGAAGCACAAAUUUAGUUUGGGUGUUCCUCAUCACAUGUAUAUACGGACUAUCCAUUGAACUUAAUCUGUGUGGCUUCCAGCCCUCCCUUUACCAAAAGGGUCAAUGGACCUUUCUUUGCACUGUGUGACUUAAUCAACUAUAAAAGCUUACAAUUAGUCUUCACAGUUAUGGGAUUGUUAUACUAACCGUGUGAUUGGAACUCCAAAGACUUUUUCUUUAGCUUAAUUUUGUGUGUGCACUAACAUUCCCUGGUUUUUGUGUGAUCAUUCCGAGUGUUGCUGCAAGAUUACAGUGGACGUGAUCUUUUAGCAUGUGCUUUUAUAAAAAGUGGUAGCUACAGAUGAUAUAGCAAUCUACCUUAUAUAGAGCCUUCAGAAAACUGUGAGUGGAAAUGAAUGCAGCGUAUGACUGUUGGUGAUAAGUGUAUCUGUGUGAGAGUGUGCACAACUACUUGUGAGAGGGCAUGGUAGCUAACGUGUGUAUGAGAUCCUAUAUACCAGCAUGUACCAAGAAUGUGUGUGUAGUUUUAAUUAUGCUGCAAUGUAUAAUCUGGUGUGUUAUUUAAACAGCACUAGUACUGUACACUGGUUUUUUUCCCCUUGUGUUUGCUGUUGCACACUGAUUGCUGAGGGUGCAUCAAUUACAAGCAUUGAAUACUCCAUCCCCUUCCCUCCCAAUGAAUGGAAUGAGAAAAGCCUUCUUCCUUUGCUUCAGGCAGCUGUCACCUUCUCUUUAUUGGUGGUCCUAAGGAGGUCACUUAAGGAAAAAAAAAGUUUAACAAAUUCUCACUCCAUGAACCUGAUUUUUUUGAUUCUGUUGUGGAAAUUUUAAAAUCUCCAACUUGCUGUUUCCAAAAAGGUGGUGCAAUAUCAUACAUCAUCAGUUAGCAAUAUUAGCAUUUCAAUCAAUGAUUUGAAUGUUGAUACUUUUUUUCCUUUACAUUUCCAGUUUCUUACAGAAAGUACCUGUGAUUUUUUUUUUUAAUGUUUAGAUUUGUAGUCUAUUCUGAAGAUAUUUGAUUAAUAUAUUUCUAAGAAGACCACUAGUCCCAUGAAGUCUCACCUCGUUGACUUCCACCAGAACAAAAUCUGUUAAUUCAGCUUGACUUCUGAUAUGUGUUCUGUGUUCAAGCUCCUGUGGGCAACUAAAUUGUUUUAAGAAAGCUAUAUUUCUGUCCAUAUUAAUUCACUUGCCAGACUCCAGUUCUGAAAGUUGUCUAGUUCUUCCUUCAUCACAUGUGCUUCUCAUCGAAACCCCUGUUUCAGGAUGGAUCAAGUGCUAUUACAGCUCAUGUUCCUUAGACCUGAUUUGUUUUGAUGUUUUAAUCGCUUUUCCUUUUAAUUUUUGUUGAAUGAGAAAAGUUUAAUACAACAGGUGUCCAGAAUACUUGCAGUAUAAAUGAAGAUUUGAUUUUUGUAUAAAAAAUAAUGCUGUUAAACAGGAAUUGACCUUCAUUUAGUUGAUCUAACACAUAGCUGUGUGGGGUUUUUUUUUGUAGGUUCUUUGAGCAUAAUUCAGAUUGUUUAAAGUCAUUUUUCCAGCAAUGUUUAAAUUACUUUCUCAUUCUUUUAGUGUAUUCAACAUUGUCUGCCUCUUCCUGCAGUUGAUGUAAUUGCUUUGUUUGCAAUAGCACAAGCUGCAUUAUUCCAGUCAGGACUGUGAUAACUUGCUGCCAGCCCCACUCAACUUUCAGUUGGUUCUGUGUCAGUUUUCCACUCAGACAGUGUUAACUACUUGUUACUGCCAUGCUGCUUGCCCUCCCUUGAAGUGUCUAUAAGCUCAUCACAGCCUAGAGUUAAGUAAAGUUAAUUCACAGAAGCACAAUUUUGCCCUUUUUGAGACACUGUUGCCUCUAUCUAGUCGUACACGUAGGGUUUUGCACACUCUGUUUGCCCCUAGGUUGUCAGUGCAUCAGAAAUACAUCUAAACAGUGGUAAAAAUGCACAUGUUACUUUUAAAUCAUUAGGAUAUCCCUCACCUGUUCCUGAUGAAUAAAAAGUGUGUUAAAGACCAAAAUUCUUGGCAUAAUAAUCAGCUACAUACAAAUCACGUAUCAUUUAAUCUUUUUUUAAUGAAAAAAAAAUCAUGUUUAAAAUGGCAAAAGCCCAUCUUAUACACUUUUAUAUAGCUGCAAAAAAUUUAUAUCUGUACAGAUCUAACAUAACACUACUACACUCAGUAUUCAUUUUAUUGAAGCAUGCAAGUAAAGCACUUUUUCUAAUUUAUAUAGAGAUACCUAAUUAACAAGGCACAUUGUACUAAUGACUAGGAGUAGCAGCUUUUUCUUCCCUCCCUCUAUGAAUUCUUAUAAUGUCCCUUUUUCUGUAAAUUUUUGAGAGGCAGUUGGCAAUUUAGGAGGCAGCAGGGUCUGUUUUGGUAAAGUCUUGAAUUUCGUUGUUGCACUCUUGUGACUGAUCUCUCUGUGGGAAUGUCUUUUCUUUGCGUGGGGCUCAUAGAGAUGUGUGCGGAAUUGCUUAUUGUGGUUAGUGUGUAUCAGGAACACACACAGACACACACACACGUAUUCUGACCAGCUCAGGCUUGCCACAGUGAGCAGCUUUGUGGCUAGCAAAAGAGAACAGUUUAUUUGUGCCCAGCCAUUGUCACCUUGGGUGAUGCACCAGAUAGCAGGCAGAUGUUGGUUCAUGGCCUUCGUCCUCUUUCCUCCUAAAAUAAUAUUGGCUUUACCACCUUAACUCAGCUGUGGGUUUUUUGUGGGUUCUUGUUAGUUUUUCGGCAUGAAUUGUCAUCUUUGGUGUUUUUUUUUUUUUUUUUAAUCCCCACCCUUCAAAAAACAUAAGGCCUCCAGGUAUCAAGAUCUCAUAUUAGGAUUUUCUGUCCUUAAUUUUUUGAGCAAAAUCUGGAAAAUGUGAAAGCAUAUUUAGAUUUUAUAUACUAUCUGAAAUGUGAUUUGUUAAGAUUCUUAAAUUUGGGCCUCUUAGAAUAAUUUUGAAUGAGAUCUACCGACUCACUUGUGAGAAUAUUUUUCGCAGAUAUCUUUGGGCCUUUUCAUUAGAAAGCUGUUUGCCCCCCUGUUGGUACAUUUGGUUACCUCAUUUUGCCGUUUGUUUCCGAUUGUGAAAGCUCACAGGGGUGUUUUUUGGAAUCAUUUGCUGAGUCAUUUUCUCAAAUCAUAUUCCAUUGUAUCAGUUAACAUAUAGUUUUAAAUGUAUGUAUUAUAAAUAUCUGUAACCAAAUCAUUUGAAGGCUUGAUAAAUUUUUAACAAAGUUUGUACAUUUUUUAUGAAAGUUACUAGUAAUGCUUUACUAAGUAGUGCAAUGAAUUUUUAUUUUUAAUCCCUGUGCCCAAUUUUGGAGUUGAGAGGGUUGUUGGUAAUAAAUGUAUGAUGUACACUUAAAACA